CCGAGGAUGAGGUUGAUGGCGUCCCGAAUGCUGCUCCUCAUGCUGUCAGGGGCCCUGGCCCUGACAGAGACCUGGGCGGGCUUCCACUCGCUGAGGUAUUUCGUCACUGCCGUGUCCCGGCCCGGCAGGGAGCCCCAUUUCUUCGCCGUGGGCUACGUGGACGACAAGCAGUUCGUGCGCUUUGACAGCGAAGCCAAGAAUCCCAGUGCGGAGCCACAGGUGCCUUGGAUAGAGCAGGAGGGGCCGGAGUACUGGGAUCGGCUGACACAGAUCGCCAAGAGCACUGCACAGACUCAUCGAGUGAACCUCAACACCCUGCUCGGCUACUACAACCAGAGCGCAGGCGGGUCUCACACCAUCCAGACAAUGUGUGGCUGCGACGUGGGGACAGACGGGCGCCUCCUCCACGGGUACCAGCAGUACGCCUACGACGGCAAGGACUACAUCGCCCUGAACGAAGACCUGCGCUCCUGGACCGCAGCGGACGUGGCUGCUCAGAUCACCAAGAGGAAGUGGGAGGCUACUGGUUUCGCAGAGGAGCAGAGGGCCUACCUGGAAGAGGAGUGUGAGGAGUGGCUCCCCAGACACCUGGAGAAAGGGAAGGAGACGCUGCAGCGCACAGACCCCCCAAAGACACAUGUGACUCACCACCCUAGCCCUGAAGGAGAUGUCACUCUGAGGUGCUGGGCCCUGGGCUUCUACCCUAAGGAGAUCACCCUGAACUGGCAACGAGAUGGGGAGGACCAGACUCAGGAGAUGGAACUUGUGGAGACCAGGCCUGCAGGGGAUGGAAACUUCCAGAAAUGGGCAGCUGUGGUGGUGCCUGCUGGAGAGGAGCAGAGAUACACAUGCCAUGUGCAUCAUGAGGGUCUGCCUGAGCCACUCACCCUGAGAUGGGAGCCACCCCCUCAGCCCACCAUCCCCAUGGUGGGAAUUGUUGCUGCAGUAGUUCUUGGAGCUGUUUUCAUUGGAGCUGUGGUCUGUUUUGUCAGGGGGAAGAAGAAAAACACAGGUGUAAAAAAAGGGCCCUAUGCUCCAGCUGCCUGUAAUGACAGUGCCCAGGACUCUGAUGUGUCUCUCACUGCUUAAAAAGGUGAGA